GAAAGUUAUCCCCACUUGGAUGACGACGGAGGCUUCAUUCAUCUUCAAAUCUCCCUUCUUCAACAUAGACGCUCAGGAAAUUAGUCAAUCGCACCGACAUCCUUCCUGACCUGAUGUGAGUGAAUUUCUACUGAAUAUACUUUCCUUCUUCAAUCAGUGGAUCGUUCGACACCUGAUUGCCUCGGAGACUUCAGUGCCGCCUUUUCAACUGCUCAUCUGUUCCAGAUCAUCGUUCCCUGCUCACUCAAUUGCGAACCAAGAUUCAGCCGUCUACAAAGCAGCCAAAAUGCCCCGUGUCAAGUACAUCCUCCUGGACUGCGACAACACCCUCUGCCUGUCGGAGCGUCUGGCCUUUGAAGCCUGCACCGACUUGACCAACGAGGUGCUCGAGAAAUGGGGCAAGCCCGAAAGAUAUACGGUUGAGCAGUUGCUUGAGGAUUUCGUUGGACACAACUUCCGCGGCAUGCUCAACGGUCUGCAGAAGAAGCAUAACUUCACUAUGACGCCCGAAGAGGUGGAUGCGUACGUCGACCGCGAGCUAGGUGCCGUCACCACCAAGCUCAGCGAGAAGUGCGAGCCUUGCCCCGGCGUUCCUGAGCAGCUUGCCUGGGCCAAGGAGCAAGGCUAUCCCAUGUCGGUCGUCAGCACCUCAGCCAAGCCCCGUGUUGUUGCCAGCAUCAAGAAGGUCGGCAUCGAUCACUACUUCCCCGACGAACAUGUCUACAGUGCUGCCACCAGCAUGGACAAGCCCUCGAGCAAGCCCGACCCUGCCAUCUAUAACUUCGCCUGCAAGAAACUGGGCGUCGACAACAAGGAUUGCGUGACCGUGGAGGACAGCAGAAGCGGUGCUACUGCCGCCAUGCGCGCCGGCAUCCCCCUCAUCGGCUAUGUUGGGGUCUAUGGCAUCGAAGAUGGCAAGGAGAAGAUGGAGCAGAUGGCCAAAGUCCUGAAAGAGGAGUGCAAUGCUCUCGUUAUUAUGUACGACUGGAAGGAGUUCCCGGAGUGCCUCAAAAAGAUCGAGGCCCAGUAAGUCGUCCUACAGCGCUUAUCCCCAUCCAAGGGAAAACUUCUUUUUGGAGCCACGACGCCGCCCACAAGUGCUCAGUUUCCAGUUCCGGACUCCCAAAAAUCCACUGCCGACAAAGCUUUAGGAAUUGCGGGAUUGGAGGAGAGGAAAAGUCUCAGAUCCUUCCUUUAGACGACUAUCAUGAUUGAUUACGAUAGAUUCUGCCAUAGAAUCAAACCAAAACGAAGAUGAAUAUUAAAUAGAGUAUAACAAGAUUUGGUUCUUCUCGCAUGC